CUUGGAGCACUGCCAGCUCAUACCCUACCUGGGGACUGCCAUGGCAGGCCCAUACCAGGAGCCAAGAGAUCGGCCCCUUGGCCUUGACGACAAAGCACCUCCUUUAUAUUUGUAAUUAAAAUGGCAAAAGCAACUCCUGAUGGUUCUGAGAAACUGGUCAUCAUCCACUCCAAAGCUCACAAAGAUACUAUUCUAGCUAAUUUUGAAGAACAGAGGAAAAAGGAUUUUCUUUGCGACAUUACUUUGAUAGUGGAGAAUGUGCAAUUCAGAGCCCAUAAGGCCUUGCUGGCUGCCAGCAGUGAAUACUUCUCAAUGAUGUUUGUAAAUGAGGGUGAAAUAGGACAGUCAGUUUACAUGUUGGAGGGAAUGGUUGCAGACAUCUUUGGAGUUCUGCUAGAAUUUAUCUACACUGGUUGCCUCUGUGCCAGUGAGAAAAGCACAGAACAAAUCCUGGCUACUGCACAGCUGCUGAAAGUGACUGACUUGGUAUGGGUCUGUACAGACUACCUGGCCAGCUGUAGCCCAGGUAAUGCGUUGCCAGCUUCAGCAAACAGUGGAGCCUCUGUAGCUGUUGUUGCAAGCGACAACAAAAAUGAAGAUCCACCAAAGCGAAAACGAGGGCGACCGAGGAAAAUCAAGGUUGUCCAAGAAGAAGAAGAAUCAGGAGCAAAUUCUGCCGAAGAUGUGCAGCUGAGAGAGAACAACUCCAUGCAAAAUAAGCAAAAUUUUGUGAAAAAAGACACUGCAGCAGAAGAAGCAGUCGCCAGUGAACAGGCUCCAGUGAGGAAAGAUGGAGAAGAAACUGAACCUGCUCGUGGCUCAGAGGCUGCUGUUGAUCUGUCAGCUGAGAAAGAUGAAAACUAUGAUCCCAAAUCUGAAGGAAUACAGAGUACUCAGAGCCGUUACAGCAAACGUAGAAUAAGGAGAUCAAUCAAACUAAAGGACUAUAAACUUCUCGGGGAUGAGGAUGAAAAAGGACUGGCAAAGAGAACUGAUGGAAAAAGAAGACGUGCGGGUUCUGAAGCUCGCUGUAAAGACUGUGGCAAAGUAUUUAAGUAUAAUCACUUCUUAGCUAUACACCAACGAAGUCAUACAGGAGAGCGCCCUUUUAAGUGCAGUGAGUGUGGCAAAGGCUUUUCCCAGAAGCAUUCUCUUCAGGUCCACGAGCGGAUGCACACUGGGGAACGGCCAUACACGUGCACUGUCUGCAGUAAGGCCCUGACAACAAAGCAUUCUCUUCUGGAGCAUAUGAGCCUACAUACAGGGCAGAAGGCUUUCACAUGUGAUCAGUGUGGGAAAUACUUCAGCCAAAAGAGACAGCUCAAGAGCCACUAUCGAGUACACACAGGCCGUUCACUGCCGGAAUGUAGCCAGUGUCGUCGCAAAUUCAUGGACGCAGCUCAGUUAAAGAAACAUCUAAGAACACAUACAGGUGAGAAGCCCUUCACUUGUGAGAUUUGUGGCAAAUCAUUUACAGCUAAAAGUUCACUUCAGACUCACAUUAGAAUUCACAGAGGAGAAAAGCCAUAUUCUUGUGGUAUAUGCGGAAAAUCCUUCUCUGAUUCCAGUGCUAAGAGAAGACACUGUAUCUUACACACAGGGAAGAAGCCUUUCUCCUGUCCAGAGUGUAGUUUGCAGUUUGCUCGUCUGGACAACCUGAAGUCUCAUUUGAAAAUUCAUAGCAAGGAAAAGCAGUUUCAGGAAGCCAGUGCUGCCCGGAGCACCAACACUCACCCAGAAGUGAGAAACAUACUCCAGCUGCAGCAGUACCAACUUGCCACCUCUGGAGGGCAGGAAAUUCAACUGCUGGUUACAGAUGCAGUGCACAACAUCAACUUUAUGCCUAGCCAUAAUCAAGGCAUUAGUAUUGUGACUGCAGAAGAUGCCCCAAACAUGACAACAGAGCAGGCUGCAAACCUCACGCUGCUUGCGCAGCCACCGCAGCAGCUGCAAAACUUGUUGCUUUCAGCUCAGCAGGAGCAAGCAGAACAAAUCCAAAGCAUCAAUAUGAUUGCAAACCAAAUAGAGGCUGCCCAACCUGAACAAAUGCAUGUAAUCACUCUUUCCAAGGAAGCACUAGAACAUCUCCAUGCUCAUCAAGGACAAAAUGAACAAAUCCACUUAGCAGGAUCUUCACAUUCAGCUCAAUGUGUGCAGCUGGCUCAGGAAUCAAGUCAACAGCCUCACUCUAGCCACGAUACAGUUUCUUCCCAUCAAAUCAGUGAAGAACAGAAUCAAAGUGUACAUGUUUCUGAAUCCCAUCAGCAGUCUCUGUCAGUAAAUGGGUCAUCUUGUGAGCAUCCUAUCCAAGGACAGGCUUUCUGAAACGCUUAUUUGCCAUCAGACAGCUAGGCCAUAGUGUACUUCUCAUCCAGGCAGGGAUUACAUGUAUCAUUCUUAUUUUUCUGCAGUGUAAUCUAUCUGAGGAUGCAUUUCUUGGUGAUUUUAGAUGGGUGACUCAGUUUUCUUAACCUUAUUUAUUUUAGAUUUUUUCAUUUUUCCACACUGGUAUUUCUUUACCACUUAGUCCAUACCUCACAAAUGAUUAAUGUGGGGUUUUGUGCCUGAUACCCAUCCAUGCCUACUGAGGAGAUAUUUGGCUCCUUAUUUCCAUUUCUCUGUGACUCUCCAGAGAAGUGCACCUUGCUGGUAGAAGAACAGUGUUUAAGACGUCUGUGGGUCAGAAAGUACCACUGACAAAGUUGACAUUACCUGAGCUGCUGUUAAGCUUAAGAUAACCAGUACUUUUUGCAAAGCUAACACCAUAUGUCUUACGUUUAAUGAGCUUUCUCUUUGCAGGUUAGUGUGUAAUUUUCUAUGUGAUCAUUCCCUGAAGUGCAUUAUGAUUUACUGGCUACCAAAUUAAUUUGGUUUGGGUUGAAACUGUUGCAGCCUUUAACUGGCCCUGGCUUUUCCCUUCUGUUCACUGUAUGCUGUACAAGUUUUGCUCCUCAGAAAUGCUUAAGCCAUUGCAUUUGAAUAGUGGCAGUGGGUUGUGGUGGUUACACUGGAGAAUUGAAAAGCCCUAAUUCUGCUCUGUUAGUUCUGCCACCCACUCUCUGUGUGACUGUGGGCAAAGUAGUUGACCUCUGUGCCUUAUUUCAUCAUCUAGUAAGUGGGGAUAGUGUUCACACACUCUGCCAAGCACUUUGAAGAGCUCUUGAUGUUGAAGGCACUGUCUAUAGAAGUGCAAAAUUCUCUUCCUGACAGGAUUCUGUCUUAAGUUUAGGAGCCAGUGUGUAUUUUAAAGUGUUAUUUUUUGUACUUUUGAGAGAAGAAUGUAAUCGUACUUUAUAAUAUAUGUUAAGACUGGUAAUUGUUUAUGUGAGGACUUAAACAAUGAAGAGCAUCACUUCAGAGCUUAAUGAGCUACAUAAAUGGGGCACGUCGCUUAAAGUUGUACAGCUGUUUUGUUGACUAAAUUAAAUGUGUACAGAUGGUUUUCAAUGACUGGCUGCUAACAAAAAAGAUUUGACAUCUUAAUAAAAUGCCUUGCCAAAAUA